GGAAAUUCGGAAGGAAAACUGUAAACACGUGUGACAAUUUUUUUAAACAGUAUGGAAACAGAAAAGAAGGAAAUCAAUUAUAAGCGAAAUGAAGAACAGCGGAAAGACUGGAAGAAAAUACGUGAGGAAAGAAGGACACUGAAAAGAAAAUGGAAGGAAGAAAAGUUACUGAAGAAGAUGGAAAAAGAAGCUAAGAAACAAAAAGAACUGGAGCAGAUAAGUAAAGACAACUCUACAGAGAAGAAACGGGGACGAGUCUACACUGUCUCCAUAGCUCUACCAGGAUCUAUACUGGAUAAUGCACAGUCACCAGAACUUAGGACCUACUUAGCAGGACAGAUUGCCAGGGCAGCUGUGAUCUUCAACAUUGAUGAAAUCAUCAUCUUUGAUGAGAUAUUCUCUAAAGACUCCUCCAUUGAGGGAGAAUUCCAGGGAGUGGGCAAGAAAGGUCAUGCUAAUGUACAGAUGGCCCGCAUCCUUCAGUAUCUGGAGUGUCCGCAGUACCUCCGAAAAUCAUUCUUUCCACACCAUAAAGACCUCCAGUAUGCAGGGAUACUUAACCCCCUGGACAGUCCCCACCACAUGAGAGCAGAGGAUGAAGUGUUAUAUAGAGAGGGAGUAGUGCAGAAUAAACCGGUCAAAGCUGGGAGAGGGUCACUGGUCAACUGUGGGUUAAAUAAGCAAGAUGUACAGAUAGACAAACUUCUACAACCUGGAAUUCAAGUCACAGUGAGGAUAAACCAGUAUGAUUCAUCAAGGAGGAUAUUAAAAGGCCAGGUGGUAUCCCCGUCUACCCCAAGGGAAGAUUCUGGUCUUUACUGGGGUUACUCUGUCAGACUUGCCAAAAGUAUUGGAGCAGUGUUUACUGAGUGUCCAUACAAGGAUGGCUACGACUUGACGAUAGGGACAUCAGAGAGAGGGGACUGUGUAGACAAUGUUAAGAUUGACACAAGUUUUGGUCAUGCUUUGAUUGUGUUUGGUGGUGUACAAGGACUUGAGGCGAGUCUGGAGUCAGAUGAGGCAUUAGAUAUUGAUGACCCCAGUUUAUUGUUUCAGUAUUAUAUAAACACUUGCCCUAACCAGGGAAGUCGAACCAUUCGUACAGAAGAAGCUAUACUUAUCAGCCUCGCCUCCAUCAGACCCAAAUUAACAGGUCUGGGAAAAACUUGAUGUUUUAUUCUAUAUAAAGGUGUAAAAAUGUACAGGUAGUAAAUAAAUGUAACAACUG